CUGGCCGGGUUACCCCGCCAGUACGAAAUAGCGAGAUGAUUCAACGUUGGAUGAAAUAAUUUAAAUAGGCUCCAGUGAGCUAUUACAUACAGUCAGAAUUGGAAUGUGUACUGACUGGAAAGACUAGCAUGUGGAAGCGCAGCGAGACUUGCUGCGCAAACGCACUCUGCCCUAUGCUGCGUGUUUCUGGCAUUAUCUAUUUAAUUCAGAUACUGACCAGCAAGAAUCAAAUAAAAGUAGAACUCGUAGAUGAAAACUUUACAGAAUUGAGAGGGGAGAUUGCAGGGCCUCCUGAUACACCAUAUGAAGGAGGGCGAUAUCAACUAGAAAUUAAAAUUCCAGAAACAUAUCCAUUUAAUCCUCCAAAGGUUCGGUUUAUCACAAAAAUUUGGCAUCCAAAUAUUAGUUCAGUAACGGGAGCCAUUUGUUUGGAUAUUCUGAAAGAUCAAUGGGCAGCUGCUAUGACUCUAAGGACAGUUUUGUUAUCGUUACAAGCCUUAUUGGCAGCAGCUGAACCAGAUGAUCCACAGGAUGCAGUAGUCGCACAACAGUACAAGCAAAAUCCAGAGAUGUUCAAACAGACAGCCAGACUCUGGGCGCACGUGUAUGCUGGAGCACCAGUUCCUAGCCCUGAGUACACUAGAAAAGUAGACAAAUUGUGUGCUAUGGGCUUUGAUAAAAAUGCAGUAAUAGUGGCCUUGUCUUCACAAUCCUGGGAUGUGGAAUGUGCAACAGAACGACUGCUCAGUAACUGAGGAAUUUGGGAUUGCUUCUAUAGCUCUGAUGUCCAUUCAUUGACAAGCACCUCUGCCCUUUGUUCUUACUGGGUUCUGCAUAGAUUCCAUUUUAAACAUCACUGUAAUAUGUGAUAAUUGCUUUAAACAAGACUGGAUUCGAUGCUCUGUAAAUAAAGCUCUCAAAAGAUCUGUGUAAAUCAAAACAAAGGGGAAAUGUGAAAUACUUUUUAAUUUUUUUCCUACUCUGCACUGUAAGGAUCCUGAGUUUGAGUUGCAUUCAUCCCCAAAGAUGACAUAAUACACCUGCUUUAGUGCAGUUUAACGAAGUAUCAAGGCUUUCAAUUGCAACAAAUUGUUCUUGAUAAAAACAUGCAAUGUGGCCUACAUCUUAAAAUAUGUUUUUUUUUCUACUUUUUGUAUGUGUCAUGGCUGAUUAGAAUUUCUAUUUAGUUUGUUAUUUAGUGAGUGCCUGCUUCACUCUUUAAUUGUGGCAGUACUACACGAGUUGCUGUGGAGAUACUGUUCAAAGUUAAAUCAUUGAGGACGCCAAGUCAAAGGUUGAAGCAUAUUCACGAUGAGCAGAUUACUUGAUUAUUCUCCCAUGGUUGCAUUGUUUUCCAAAAGUCUUUGCUAUGACACAGUCAAAAAGUGUUGACAUGCUACAUUUUUUUUAAUGGUUAUAGCUGUUAAGUAACGUGGUAGCCACCUUGAUUUACUUAACAGGUGCUUAAAUAUGCAGUCCCAGCUUGUGAUUCACAUUUUCUUUGGAAGCUAUGGUGGCUGUUCUCUUGCUGUACAUAAUUUAAAGUUCACUUAGAAAUAGAGGUGUGUUAUUGAUCAGAUUGUCUGCACUCUAUUGAGUAUUUCUGAAAGUUCCAGUAUUGGGAUAUUUCCUGUAUAUACAGCCAAGCUUUCUAUUCGUAUUAAAAUAUUUCAUCUCGA